AGACAAAAUCAGAACAGAAGACGUACGUACUCGGAGAUUAUUAAAGGAACGAAGCAAUCUUGAGAAAUCCCCAAAUUCGCCCGAAACCCUAGAAAUUCGUGAUGGAUGCAUCUUCUUCACCGUCGUCUUCCGAGGAAGGCUUGAAGCAGGAACUGGAUGAUUUGCAGAGACAGCUGAACAAGAAGCUGAGAUUCGAGGAGUCGGUUCGGUCUAUCCAUUUUCUUCUUCGUGAUCGCUACGCCUCUGCAUCUCCUUCUCUCCGCAAACAGUUCUACACAGUUGUAUGUCGUGUGGCAACAGUUUUAAAGACCAGAUAUACAGCAACCGGCUUCUGGCUUGCGGGACUGCAUCUCUUCGAGGAGGCUGAACGCCUUGUAUCUAAUGCUGCCGAGAAGGAGCAUUUGAAAUCUUGCAUUGCUCAAGCCAAGGAAGAGUUAAACGAAGUGGAUAAUCCACCCACGGAAGAACCACAAAAUAAUGGAAACAGAGGUUAUCUUUUUGAGGGGCAUCUAACAGUUGACCCUGAGCCGCCACAGCCUCAGUGGUUGGUACAGCAGAACCUCAUGUCUGCCUUUGCUUCUAUCGUCGCUGGUGAAUCCUCCCGUGGUCCUGGGGAAAACAAUGAUGCUGCAGCUACUGCCGACUUAAUGCAAGAGCUCAUCAAUAGCCUUGACAGUGUCAUCCCUGAGAUACUAGAAGUUGAUGGUGCACCACCAAGAGCUCCACCUGCAAGCAAAGAAGUUGUGGCUAAACUUCCCGUGAUUGUUCUCACAGAGGAAGUGCUUAACAAGCUAGGACCCGAGCCAGAGUGUUGCAUCUGCAAGGAGAAUCUCGUCGUUGGAGACAAAAUGCAAGAGUUGCCUUGCAAGCACACGUUUCACCCUCCUUGCCUAAAGCCUUGGCUGGAUGAGCAUAAUUCAUGCCCUAUAUGCCGGCACGAGCUACCGACGGACGAUCAUCGAUACGAGAGCUGGAAGGAGAGGGAGAAAGAGGCCGAAGAAGAGCGUAAAGGCGCCGAGAACGCUGUUCGUGGAGGCGAGUAUAUGUACGUUUAGAUUCUCACACUCCAUACAUACAGUUCCCCCCGUUUUACUGUUUUUCCGUUGUGAAUUAUCUGCUUAUAUAUAUAUAUAUAUAUAUAUCCGUGGUUGUAUCUCAUUUCAAUUCUUGGAUAUUUCGUCAAGCCUUAUAGUACUUAUCAUCCAAUAUUUGUAUCAUAUUCUUGAUGUCAAGAGUUUUUAUCCGGCGUAGAA